UGUGUUAAAAAUAUAGGAAUAGUUGAUACCAUCCAGCAGAGCAGGAAGGGAGAUUUAAUAAUAAAAAAAAAAAUAAACAAUUAAAAUAACCCAAAUCGAAUCGAAUAAGGGGAAGAGCGUAAUAAUAAUAAUAAAAUCAAAUCACAGACAGAGAUCACAGGAAUUGAGACGAUGAAUACGUUGUACAGGCGGAUGAGAUUAUGGGAAUUUAAUGAUCAAUAUGUCGUGGAACCGACCGACGGUUCUUCUGGUUCCGGUUCUUGUCUGUCUGUCAGCCGUCUUGAUGGUGCUUCCAUCAAUCUUUUAGAUGAAGUUCCUAAAUCUUCUGAUGGUACCAGGCCUCCCAAAGUCGAAACGAUUUUCGGUGUUGUUGGCAUCCUUAAGCUUUUUGCAGGAUCAUAUCUAUUUGUUAUUACUGAACGUGAAUGUGCUGGAACUUACAUGGGUCAUCCCAUUUUCAAAGUUUCAAAACUCAAAGUGUAUCCCUGUGAUUCUUCCGUGGAAAACUCUCCUGAACAACAGAAAAAGAUGGAGUCUGAGUUAUUUGACCUGUUAAAAGUCGCAGAGACGACUCCCGGACUUUACUUCUCUUAUGAUGUUAACAUCACGUUAAGUGCACAACGGUUAAGAGAUUUGGGUGAUGAAGCACGGCUUCUUCCUCUUUGGAGGCAGGCCGAGCCUCGGUUUCUUUGGAACAACUAUAUGUUGGAAGCUCUUAUUGAUUGCAAGCUUGACCAGUACAUGCUUCCUGUUAUUCAAGGAUCUUUCCAGAACUUUCAAUCUGCCAUCGGGAAAGAUAUGAUAGAUGUCACUCUUAUUGCACGUCGGUGCACAAGGAGAAAUGGGACUCGGAUGUGGAGAAGAGGAGCUGAUUCUGAUGGCUACGUUGCAAAUUUUGUUGAAACUGAACAAAUCAUGCACUUAAACGGGUUUACUGCAUCAUUUGUGCAGGUCAGAGGAUCAAUGCCAUUUCUCUGGGAACAAAUUGUUGAUCUGACUUAUAAGCCUAAGUUUGAGAUAGUGAAACCCGAGGAAGCACCUCGAGUUGUUGAGAGGCAUUUUCUGGAUCUAAGAAAGAAAUAUGGAAAUGUUUUAGCUGUUGAUCUUGUCAAUAAGCAUGGUGGUGAAGGGCGCCUAAGUGAAAUGUAUGCAUCCUCGGUACAGAAUAUCCUUAGUGAUGAUCUGAGAUAUGUGCACUUCGACUUCCAUCGUAUCUGUGGACAUAUACAUUUCGAACGCCUAUCUAUCCUUUAUGAUCAAAUCGAGGAUUUUCUCAUUAAAAAUAGGUACUAUAUGCUAAAUGAUAAGGGUGAAAAGGUUGAAACACAAAUUGGAGUCGUACGAAAUAAUUGUAUUGAUUGCUUAGACCGGACAAAUGUCACGCAGAGUAUGAUUGGGCGUAAAAUGUUGGAACUCCAACUUCGAAGGCUUGGAGUUUUUGAUGCUGACCAAACUAUCAGCUCUUAUCCUAGUUUUGAUGACUGCUUCAAAAUAUUAUGGGCAAACCACGGAGAUGAUAUAAGCAUUCAGUAUUCUGGCACACCGGCUUUGAAAGGAGACUUUGUUAGAUACGGGAAAAGGACCAGCCGAGGGAUUAUUAAUGAUGGUAUAUAUGCACUGAUGCGCUAUUACCUCAAUAAUUUUGUUGACGGUACAAAACAGGAUGCAAUCGAUAUACUGCAAGGACAUUACAUUGUUUCUGUAUCUCGAGAUAUAUCUCCCAAAAAGCCCCAAGGAAGACUUGAGUCCAUUGCGUCCUUCCGUCUUGCUUUAGCGUUCAUGGUGAUGGGAUUCUUUUUCACAAUGAUGUCGCUCAGGCGAGUCCGAUAUGAUAAUUGGCAAUUAGUGUUUUCCCUUUUCUGGGCCGUACUAAGUAUAGCAAUAGCUGCAUUCGUGAAAGCCAAUGGCCGGGUCUUCUGUAAUCGCCCACGUCUGUACAAACCUCCCUACUGAUUUUGGUUUCAGCUGCAACAGCAAAUGUGCUUUAAUGCUAAGGUAUUCAUUCUUUGUAGCCUCUUUGUGAGCUUGUUUAUUGAUCAUAUGAUAAAAAAUCAUAUAAUAUUUUUUGGGUUACUUGAAACUGUUUGUGUAUUACUAAUCUGUAAGACUGUAACUUCAAGUAUUGCAGUCCUUUUUUAUGGUUUAUCUUUGUAAUAUGAUUUGUUUUGGCUGAAAGAAGUCAACAAACUAAUUUUUGCAAUGAAGUAAUAUUUUGAAA